AUGCCCCUGUCGCGGCACACGGUCGGGAACGAGUACGCGCUGGGCGGUCGCGACCUCUACCGCGCGGCCGACCAGCACGACCCGGAGGCCGUCCUCGAUGGCGUCGCCAUGGCCGGACUCGUCGGCGUCCUCCGCCAGCUCGGCGACCUCGCCGAAUUUGCCGCACAGGUGUUCCACGGCCUGUAUGAUGAGGUGAUGAGCACGUCUGCGCGAGGGCACGGGCUCAUGCUCCGAGUGCAGCAGCUGGAGGCAGAGCUGCCACUGCUAGAGAAAGACUCCUGCCAGAGAGACUAUCUGUAUGUUGCUUCUAAUAGGGGUGUCGAUUGGCAUUCAAAUCCAAGGGUGGACCAUGGGGUUGUCACAAGAGGUGACACGCCUCGCUUCAUCAUGGAUUCAAUCAAGCGGUGUCGCGGACCACCCAAACUCUUCAUGCUUGACAAGUAUGAUAUCGGUGGCGAGGGGGCGUGCUUGAAGAGAUACUCCGACCCGUCCUUCUUCAAGACGGAUUCCGCAUGUUCUACCUUGCUGCUGGAAGGAACUCAAAAUGAAAGAAGACCUCUGAUAUCCAUGGAGAUCAGGCCUAACCUUCAGAAUGCUGAGAUUUUCCGACCCCCAAAUGAAGCCGACAAUUUCUCCAAACUGGAGACAGAUUUAUCUGGUGAAGCUAUGGAUGAAGUUCCUACAAACCGCAGACGACUGAAGUACCGCCAACUAAAUGGAUCUGUAUUUCAAAGCUUCAGAUCACUUAUGCAGAAUCUGUAUGAAAAGCCUUCAUCAGAGGAUAAAUUCGUGACAGGUGACCACUCAAAAGUGCAUGUAUCUAUGAAUGAUUCGCCUGAAUCAGACACUGAAGAGAGAGACAUCAUGGUAGACACGUCCGUCAACAUGGAAAAAGGCAAGGUCACUGUUCGCAAGAACAGAUCAAUUUCUGAAGAAGCACUGUCACGUUCUUCAGAUGCUCGGUCAGCAGGAAGCAGCAAGGGCUACAACUCUGAAGUUGAUAUCUACAUGGAUGCAUUAACCACGAUGGAUUCUGAAGUGGAGACAGAUUCGGAACACAGGGGCCAUGGACAAUGUACCUUCGAUCGGAUGGAUUCAGACAAUAGAUUCUCCAAUGCUCAAAACACCAUGGCACCGAGGACUAGCAGCUUGGAGAAGAAAGACAAGUCAGAUGUUGCCUCACCAAACAGAGAUAUGAGUAACCAGUAUGAAGAAGCCAUUGUCUCCACACAACACACCAAACCAGUUGUUGGUGAACAUGAGAGGACCAGCUCGUUAGAGGAACUGCUGGACAAAGAAAAACCAGCUUCUUGGGAUCAUGAGAGGGCUAGCUCCUUGGAGGAGUUGCUCACCGAAGAUUUCAAUGCUCCAGAAUCUGGAGUAAGAGAGCAAGCUACUGAAGAACAGAGCUGCAAUGGCAGUGUCACCAGUGUUGUAUCAAAUGGCACACAAGAUAUUACUAAGACCAAGGAAGUCAAGGAAAAUUCCAACAUCGCAACUAUUUCCUUCAAGAAAAUAGCAAGCAAGAGGUCCAAGUAUGUCGGCAACAUGGAGCUCAUUGCUUCAAAAGUUGGCAUUCUGCCGAGGAAACUCUCCAAGAAGCAUGACCCUUUCUCUGAUUCCCUCCAGUACAUGGCGAAGCAACUCCUUGAACUGAAGUAUGAUGGCACUCAAGAUAGAGACUUAUAUGACUUUGAAGCAGACGGUGUGGGAUGUGAUGUCAAGUACCAGGAAAUUUAUGACCCUCCUGUUGAAAUCAAGGAGAGUGACGAUGUGCACAAAAUUCCGUCAGAUUCACCUUAUGAUGAUGUGGAUUCAAGAAAAUGCCUGCAGGAAGAAGUAAACCAUGAGCUGGAGCAUGAUGUUCCACCUACUGACAGUCCACAUGAUUCAGUCCCUGAUGAAGGAAAUGGAUUUCAGGACUCCAACAUGGUCUACUUGACAGGCAUCAUUACAUCUUGCAGUUCCCAAGAGGAAGAAGGAUGUGCAAGUACUGCAUUUGAUGAGAAUUCAUCUACGGGAGUGAUCAACCAUAUUUUGGAGCAUGCUCAAGAGAAGUUCGAGGAACAUCUUGACAAGGAAGUGAAUGAGGACAUUCAUACAGAAGUCAUUUCUGAAAAUGCAUCUGAUAAGUGUGAAGACUUGAAGGAAGUCGGCAUUUACACGGAGCAGGUGAAUGUGGAAGAUAUUGAGGAAAGCAAUAAAUCUGAUGUAUAUGUGUUGGAUGAUGAAACUGCCGAGUAUAUAGAAGAGCAGGUAGUUUCAGAUGGCAUGAUCUCUUCACCGGUUUCAUCCAAGCAAUUGGAUGAUCCUUGCCGGAUAACUCCACUCACUCUCGCAGAAGAAGAUGAUACAGUGGCAUGUAAGAUCUUCGGCAGCCCUGAAGUGGAGCAUAUUACAUUGUCAGAAACAUUCACGGAUAUUGAUCUACCUAAUGUGGUAACUGAGUCAGUUAUCAACAGCGAACAUGCCAUGCCAGAUAAUGAACAGUACUAUUUACAUCCAAAAACUACAUUUGGACAAGAUCCUAUUCUCGGCAGCUAUGAAAUUGUAGGGGAAAUUGGGCAAGUUCCACUAUGCAGCUCAACCACUGCGGCUAUAACUCCAGAACUAACUGUAAACAGAGAGGAAAAGCAUGAGUUUCAUCAAGCUGUGUAUCAGGAACCAUCGAAUUCAGUAAAUAACAGUACUGAAGUUUUUGGAGAUCCACUAGCUCCUGACUCCAGAGAUGUUCCACCGUCAGUCAUCUCAAGCUUCGAUUGGAUGCUUAAUGGUGCAAUGCAGCAGUCAUUCAAUAUCCUUCCUUCUCAUCCAACUAAUGGAAAUGCACAACAAAAUGGUUCUUCUGAAGAUGCGCCGCCACCGCUUCCACCUCUUCCACCAAUGCAGUGGCGAACAAACAAGCUACAGACAGGGUCAUCACCAUUACCUGCAAAGAUUGGAAGACCACCAAGGCCAAAACCUCCUGUAAAACAGCAAGAAAGUGAAGCUACUUGGGUUCUUCAGGAAAAGAGUCUGCACAAAGGCUUGAGUUUGCAGAAUGAAGUAGUGCAGGCAACCAUUUCUAGUGAUCAUGAGAUAAAUCAAAUCCUUAUCAUGGAUUGUCAUGAAAAUCGUCACCAGGAAGGAGAGGAGUAUGAUGCCCAGGAUUCUAAUCCAUUUCCCUCGUCAGAAGUUGAAUGCUUGUCAGAAGUUGCUUCAGUAAAAUAUGAAAAUCUGCACACAUUGCAGCUACCUGAGCUUAUCGUUGUUCCGGAAGAGGCAUGGUCUGUGUUUGGUAAUAUAAAAUUCAUACCAGAACAAGAAGGAAAACACCAACUAAGCAAUGGACUUUCUGUUUGCAAUGGCUUGUGCACUUCUGAUUUGUCAGCACAAAAGACCAGCCAGAAGCCUGAAAUUUUUGCAGAUUAUAAGGAAAAGGAAUUUUCAGCUGCAGGUAAUGACAAAGUUGCAGAUUCAGAAGAAAACAGACCAAAUGGUGCUAUUAAACAGGAUGGUAUGCUGAAUCCUGACUUGCCAGCGCAACAGAAAAACGACGAACAUGAUUGUGAUGACAAGGCCAGGGAGUUUUCCUCUGCAUUAGAAGAGGAAUCGUCAAAAUCAUCAACUCAUGUAGUACCAAAAUCACCUAGAUAUCCUCUACUUCCUGUUACUUCUCAUGACAGAAGCAUGCUAAGAAAGGCUCCAACUUUGGUUCAGCUUUCAGAUGAGAAGAACACACUUUUGGAACAGAUAAAGAACAAGUCUUUCAACUUGAAGCCUGUUCUUGCAAAGAGACCAAAUGUAAUGGGUGGUCCAAAAACGAACUUACAAGUGGUGGCCAUUCUAGAGAGAGCCCAUGCGAUUCGCCAGGCUGUUGCUGAUGACGAUGACGAGGAUAGCUGGAGUGAGUAG